AUGUUUACCGACUCUACUUUGCAUCGUCGAUUGGCCGGCAGUGUUACUACUGGUGUUCAGGCAGGCAAGGCUGGGCCUUUGAUUUUACUUGGUUCAUUGAUUGGUUGCUUGUGUUCUCGUUUGACCUUGAGCUUGAGAUAUCCAACAUGGUUCUUGGGUUUUCUCUUCGUUUUCUUCCUUUUAGAUGCCGUGAUAUGUUAUUAUCCGAGACCAACUAUCUAUCUAUGUACUAAUUCAUCUACUGCUCGGACCCAUCCUACCGAUAUCCUACUUAGUACUUACCCACGUAACACAAAUACCCAACAUGCCACCGGACAUUAUAUCAUUGUAUCUUAUAAGCACAUCCCAAACGAACCGACGCAACCAAACCAACAAGCUCUUCGAUAUCAUACAAAUACAUACAUCCAUAGAAAUAUUAAACGUACUAGUAGUAGCAAAACACUCACCUCCCCCAGCUACUAA